AUAUAACAAAAGCUAAGAAUCAGCACUGGGCAAAGGUUUUAAAAACUCAUAGCACUAGUGGUGGUGAACUUAAUAAUACUGAGGAUAGUGAUACAAAAAUAAGUGUUUUGAAAACUGAAGAAGCGAACAAUAUUAUUACAAGAUUGUUGCAAGCAGUUUCAGAA